CGCUGAACCCUCCCUAAGAUCGACGGCUUAAACGCCCAAUAGGAGCUUGAGUGAUUACUUUCAGUACCCAAUCGCAUCUCAGCACCCCGAAUCUUUGUACAGUACAGUAGAGAGCUGGCGUCCAGAUCAACAAGCCACUAUUUUGGAAGCUGUUUGACAAACAGUCACUGUUCUUCAGUUGAUGUCAGUCGCUAUCUGCGGUUCCAGCGAGACGACUCACGCAUUAAACCGGCGCAAAACUAACCUGCCACAUAGCCCCGAACCGAUAAGGUUGGAUGACAUUCUCGGUUGAACUUUAAAACAGCUAGCUCCUUUUUUUAUAUUAAUUUCACAUCAGGCAGCUGUACAGGCUAGCGCUCUUUUUUCACUGACCGAAGCUUUCCAAAUACAGCCAAGCUAGCAGUAACUUUCCAUAGUCAAUUUGACAGCUUGACUUGAGCGCUAACGUUAGUCAACGCUCUUCCCCCCCCCCGUCAAAAUAGAGCAACUCGCGGAUUAUUUUUGUAUGUCACGCAGCCUUUCGUUUUGUUUUUGUCAACAAACGGUCUUUUCUCGAAGAGUCACCUACAGAACUGACGACAUUUAGCUGAUAAUUAGGCUGAAAGAGGAACAAAGUAAGCCCUUACUAGCCAGCUAACACCAUAUCCUUAAUUUAACAGCCACUGAGGAAGUUUUGGCUUUUCAGAUUGACCGGUGCUGCUUUCACGGCCUUUAACUUUUAAAUCUCCGGAUAGACACAGUGCAGGAGUAACCGUAACGAUCUCGUUAAAAAAAAAAAAAAAGAAAGUGACAGAAGAGCAAGCUUCCUGAGUGUGAAAGAGAAGCAGGACCCUGAAGCAGUCUGUGCACAGCCGCGGAAUUCCUGCUCGGAUUUGUUAAAUUAUCAGUUAUUGUUUAAAAUGGCGGCGAUCGGAAUGGUGCAGAUGUUGAUCGAAGCAGCCGAGUACCUUGAUCGCAGGGAACGAGAAGCUGAACAUGGCUAUGCCUCCAUGCCACCAUUCAUCAGCAGUCGGGAGAGGGAAAGUUUGAAAAGGAAAAGCAAAAGCAAGAAAAACACAAGUAGCAGGUCUACGCACAAUGAAAUGGAAAAGAACAGACGGGCGCAUCUACGACUGUGUCUAGAGCGCUUGAAAUCCCUCGUUCCCUUGGGACCAGAUGCUAACAGGCACACCACCCUCAGCCUGCUGAUGAAGGCCAAAGAUCACAUCAAGAGGUUGGAGGAGAGCGAUAGGAAAGCUCAGCACACUUUGGAGCAGCUACAGCGGGAGCAGAGACACCUGAGGAGGCGUCUAGAGCAGCUGGGAGUGGAGAGGACCCGCAUGGACAGUACCGGCUCCACUCAAUCCUCUGACAAGUCCGACUCUGACCAGGAGGACCUGGAUGUGGACGUAGAGGGGACGGACUACCUGCUGGGUGACCUGGAGUGGAGCACCAGCAGUGUGAGCGACUCAGGGGACGAGCGAGGCAGCCUGCGCAGCAGCUGUAGCGAUGAGGGCUACUCCAGCGCCAGCCUGCAGCUCUUGCAGGACACUCAGGAGAAGGCUAAGCAGCUGGGCUGCAGCCUAUAAACAGCACUGGUCACUGACCCAACACCCACUUCCUUCCCUCAGCCUCCUACCCAGAAUUUCUCACCACUCCUUGGUCCUGCUCUGACCUUCCCUCCCCUUUCUGCUCUCCUUCCUCCCUCUUUACCAAGACUGACCAAGUCUGAGGCCUCUCCUCCAGCCGGGCCUCUGCGGACUUCCUGUCCGCACAGUGACUUCCAUUCAGACUGCAACACCUCCGAGACAUCCAGCCAAUCAUCAGCGGUCAGUCUUUAGGGUGUCUCCCGCUCUGCACCGAUGAAACGAGCGGGACAUUAAAGACACUCCACCCCCUCACCCCCACCCCCAUCCGACAAAAACACAACUUUCAGCCAGAGAAUGUUACCACACAAUGUCCCACUGCCUCUUUUUCUAUGCCUCAAGAGCCAUGGGAAGCACUUCUGAGAUUUCACCCAAACUUCACAAACAUACAUACAUCGACAUGUGCAUACACACACUGCUCCAUCUCUCCCAAAGGUGUGACACUGACAUGAUACGGGGCUCUUUCUUUUUCUUUUUUUCCCCUGCCCCGCCCACCGGUUGACCAUGUGUGCAUGGUAGUUUGCACUUAAAAUUGCUUUUGUAAGCAAAACCGUAUCAUCUUUUUAAAAACACAGUCUCCUAAC